AUGCGCGGCGCUGAGGGCGGCGGGAUGGCGCUGUGGCGGGGGCUGCGCUGCUGCCGCCGCGCCUUCGCCUGGCUGCCCGUGCUGCUCAUCGCGCUGCUCCUGCUCUGGUCCUACUACGCGUACGUCUGCGAGCUCUGCCUCGUGACUGUGAGCAACCCUGUGGAGAAAGUGGCCUAUCUUGUAGUAUUCCAUAUUCUCUUUGUGCUCUUUGUGUGGACAUAUUGGAAGUCUGUUUUCACUCUCCCAAUACAACCAGGCAAAAAGUUCCACAUGUCCUACGCUGACCAGGAGCGCUACGAGAACGAGGAGAGGCCCGAGGUGCAGCGGCAGAUCCUCGCCGAGAUCGCCAGGAAGCUGCCGGUGUACACGAGGACGGGCAAUGGAGGGAUUCGGUUCUGUGACAGAUGCCAGCUGAUCAAACCUGACCGCUGUCACCACUGCUCUGUUUGUGCCAUGUGUGUGCUAAAAAUGGAUCAUCAUUGUCCAUGGGUGAAUAACUGCAUUGGAUUUUCUAACUACAAAUUCUUUCUACUGUUCUUAGCCUAUUCUUUGUUGUAUUGCUUGUAUAUUGCUGCAACAGUCUUCAAGUAUUUCAUUAAGUAUUGGACAGGUGAGCUGACCAAUGGACGCUCCAAAUUUCACAUCCUUUUCCUUCUCUUUGUGGCAAUCAUGUUCUUUGUGAGCCUCAUGUUUCUGUUUGGCUACCACUGCUGGCUGGUCAGCAGGAACAGAUCCACUCUAGAGGCUUUCUCAGCUCCAGUGUUUCAAAAUGGCCCAGAUAAAAAUGGAUUCAAUCUUGGCUUUGUGAAGAAUCUCCAGCAAGUGUUUGGGGAAGAAAAAAAGCUCUGGUUGCUGCCUAUUGCCUCUAGCCAGGGUGAUGGACAUUUCUUCCCCAUGAGAACCUUGAGUGAAGCUCGGAACCCUCUCCUGACAAAUGAGGAGCAGUGGGAAGAGGAUGGAAUAGAUGAGGAGCCUCAGGGUUCUGGUGAAGCCUCAUCCCUUGCCAUAGAAAGGGAGACAUAGCAGUGUGAGAACACAGUGGUGUCAAGCUGCAUCAGAAAGCUUCUCUCUCAGGAGCCAACACCCCUUCUCUUGGCAAGGACUUCAGUUUUGAGGGGCAGAAAACAGGUGGAUCUUCAAGAUGAGAAAACAUCCUGAAGUAUUGUCUGAUGGGAAUCUGCAUUCCACAGUGCUUCUCCAGGAAUCCUGCUGUCCAGAUGUCCCAAGGCUUUAUAAAUUUAAGUUACAGAGUUAACAGAACGAUUUUACAGAGUGAUUGUGGCCAGUCUUCUUUGGCCUGCUCUCUUUAUUUUAUAAAUACUAUAUAUUUUUUAUUCCAAAUAGGUACAAAUGUUGAUGCGAGUGCAUUUCCGAAGGCCUUUUCAUUUUGCAAACAUCAGGGACUCGAGCUCUUGAAAUUCUUCCAAGCCAUAAUAUUCUUGGGGAUGGUUAUUUAUUUUGAGGCUGAUUCUCCAACCUUCUCUGACAAGUGGCAUUUUCUAAUGUAUUUAAAUUCUGAGUGAGUUCAGCUCAAUGCAAGACAGACCCAGUUAAAUCUGGCACUAAACUGGGAGCUGAAUGUAAGAGUGUUGAAAGCAAAAGUGCUGAACAUGCACAUGUACAUGUGCAGCUGUGAGUGAAAAUAAAAUAUUCACAUUGCCAGUAUCAAGAUUCAAGAAUAUUGUGGCCACAGAUUUUUUAAAAGGUUUUUAGGGGGGAUGUUAUUUUCCUUGAGUUUGGGUUAUAGUGUUCUUGCAUCCUACUUGCAGGCUUCUAAAAUGCAAAAGGGAACUUCAGACAGUCCAGUUUGCAUUAAUUCCUAGGGUUAAAGCAUCCUCUCAUUCCUGGAUCAGUGUUUGAUGGAGAUUUGUGUGUUCAUGGAGUCAGAAAGGAAGAUGUGAAUUUGAAAUAUGCACUGGAAGUUUGGCUCCAAGAGUCAUGUUUGGAGUUUCACUGCACAGGGGUGGCUUUAGCCCCAAAAUGCUGAAGACACAAU